UGAAUCCAUGACACCCAUUUCAGAAAUAAUGAUGUCGUUGAAAAAGGACAAAAAAGAUGAGGAAGAGAGGGAUGGGGGCAACCCCUACAGUAACUUGGAGAAAACAUCUGUGCUACAGGAAGCAAGAUUGUUUAACGAGACCCCUGUAAACCCGAGAAAAUGUAUCGGUGUACUGACGAAGAUCUUGUAUUUGUUGAACCAGGGGGAGGUGUUGGGAACAACUGAGGCUACGGAGUGCUUCUUUGCAAUAACUAAACUUUUCCAGGCUAAGGAUACAGUGCUGAGACGUCUUGUAUAUCUGGGAAUUAAGGAACUAUCUGGUAUUGCCGAGGAUGUCAUUAUUGUUACUUCAUCCCUCACCAAGGAUAUGACCGGAAAGGAAGACAGUUACAGAGCUGCAGCUAUCCGAGCUCUCUGUACUAUUACAGAUCCUGUUAUGCUUCAGGCUAUUGAGAGGUAUAUGAAGCAGGCUAUAGUUGACCGUAACCCAUCUGUCAGCUCCGCAGCCCUCGUCUCUGCUCUUCAUCUCUCUAAAACUGCUCCGGAAGUUGUCAAGCGUUGGGUAAAUGAGGUUCAGGAGAGUGUAUCCUCAGAUCACGUGAUGGUUCAGUAUCAUGCCCUGGGACUACUUUAUCAUAUUAGAAAGCAUGAUAGGUUGGCCAUCACUAAGCUGCUCGCCAAACUAACCAAGAUGUCCUUGAAAUCUCCCUACGCAGUGAUCCUUCUGAUUAGGAUUGCCUGCAAAAUGAUCGAGGAGGAGGAUAUGGAUUCUGGAUCACCGUAUUUCGACUUUAUUGAAUCCUGUCUGAGGCAUAAGUCUGAGAUGGUUAUAUAUGAGGCUGCGCAUGCAAUUGUCAACAUGAAGAAGACGACUGCUAGAGAACUUGCUCCGGCAGUAUCUGUGCUUCAACUCUUCUGCUCCAGUCCUAAACCUACACUCAGGUUCGCUGCGGUCAGAACCUUGAAUAAGGUCGCCAUGACUCACCCUGCGGCAGUUACUGCUUGUAACCUUGAUUUGGAGAAUUUGAUUACGGAUACUAAUCGAUCCAUUGCUACCCUGGCGAUCACCACGCUCCUGAAGACUGGGGCUGAGUCCAGCGUUGAUCGAUUAAUGAAGCAGAUUGCCAGCUUCGUUUCUGAGAUCUCCGAUGAGUUUAAGAUCGUUGUUGUCCAAGCGAUCAGCUCUCUUUGCACCAAGUUCCCGAAAAAACACGGUAUCCUGUUGAACUUCCUUUCCGGAAUGCUGAGGGACGAGGGCGGACUUGAUUACAAGGCAAGCAUUGCGGACGCAAUCAUCGUUGUUAUAGAGGAGAACCCAGAGGCCAAGGAGAACGGUUUGGCGCAUCUUUGCGAGUUUAUCGAGGAUUGUGAGCACACUAGUCUUGCAGUCAAGAUACUUCAUCUUCUAGGACAGGAGGGACCUAGAACCUCGAAUCCAUCAAGAUAUAUCAGGUUCAUCUACAACCGUGUUCUCCUGGAGUGUGCCACAGUGCGCGCUGCUGCUGUUUCUGCGCUCGCUCGUUUCGGCGCACUCUGCGACGACCUUCUGCCCAAUGUGCUUGUUCUACUUGGUCGCUGCCAGACAGACAGCGACGACGAGGUGCGGGACCGCGCCACCUACUUCAAGGCAAUCCUAGAACAGCAGCAGGCCAGUCUUAACAGUCAGUAUAUACUGAAUGGAAUUCAGGUUUCACUCUCAAGUUUGGAGAAAGCAUUGCAUGCGUACACGCUCAGCCAGGCUGAUGAAAGGUUUGACAUGAAGACUGUUCCUGUUGCAUCGGUCGAGGAGCAAAAACCAUCGGCAGCUAAGAUGGAGUCGAUGAUGAUGUCGAAGGGACCGGAGAAGCCGACUGCUACUAGACACGACGUGUUCGUUGACCGUCUAUCUGCGGUACCAGAGAUAGCUCAGCUUAACCUGGGUCCACUUUUCCGGUCAUCUCAGCCAGCUGAACUUACCGAGAGCGAAACGGAAUAUGUUGUUCAGGUGAUCAAGCAUAUUUACUCUGGUCACGUGAUCCUUCAGCUGGACUGUACUAACACACUGAACGACCAGCUUCUGGAGAACGUUACUGUUGAGCUCGAGAUACCAGACGGAUGGGAGCUGAUUACUGAAGUAUCAUGUAGCCGACUAGAGUAUAAUGUUGGAGGAACUAUUUAUGUAGUGCUAGCAACUCCUGAGGAGAUCGGAGAGAUAGUUGCAACUAUCCCUGCCAGUCUCAAGUUUACCGUGAAGGAUUGUGAUCCAACUACUGGGGAUCCAGACUCCGAGGAGGGAUAUAGUGAUGAUUAUCAGCUGGAGGAUAUUGAUAUAUCAGUCUCAGACUACGUUCAGAGAUUGAUGAAGGGUAACUUUGCUGGUGGCUGGGAGGAACUAGGAGAAGAGAAUGAACUCUCUGAAACCUUCUCUUUGCCGAUGAAAACCUUGGAUGAGGCUGUCAAGAACAUCGUCCUCUUUCUUGGUCUCCAGCCGUGUGAGAGAUCUGACAAGGUUCCUGAAGGGAAGAACUCCCACACCCUUCUUCUCUCUGGUGUGUUCAGGGGAGGGGUAGAGGUGUUGGUCAGAGCUAAGCUCGCUCUCUCCGACGGUGUCGCGAUGCAGCUGACCGUUAGGUCGCAGAACGCCGAGGUUUCGGAGUUGAUGACCACAGCUAUUGCGUAACUUUUAAGUUUUAUAAUGUGCACUUUCAGUUUUCGUAAGAAAUAUCCUAAUCUUAUUGCACCGGUCUGCAUUUCAAGUGCGAUUUAAAAAUUUUAUAUUUAGCGAUUUAUUCUCAAUAUUUAUUUUAUCAAUAUCUAAAAAAAAUGUUACUUUAAAUUAAAUGUGAUAUCAUUAUACUGUGGUGUCUGGAGUGAUACUUUAACCUAAAAAUAUAUUUCUGUUUCAGA